AUGACCUACUCCGCCAACGCGGGCUCGUACUCUAUGCGCCAUGGCUUCAGCAACGACUCCUACCAGAAGCAGCAGCAGCAGCACUACGCCGCCGCCGCCCAUUACUUGCCGUCGCACCCGCCAAUCAAGCUCGAAGACUCACCAGAGCUGCCUCCGCUGCACGCCUCCCGGCAACACACCUUCUCGCAGUACGACGACCGCCACCACCACAAGCCCGCCCCGCUCCCCGUCUUCCGAUUCGGCUCCGACUUUGCGUCCAACGUCUCUUCGCCCAACCCCGCCUCGACCUUCAGCUUCAUGUCGCAGCCCUGGUCGGGAUCACCCAACUCGCCGGUGUCCGCCUCGGCAUCCUCGUACGGGCACCAGCAGCAGCAAUACUCCAUGGAUCGCAGCCAUGGUUACGGCCUCCCUCCCCUGAACGGCCACGGUCACGCAAGCACGAUGGCUCUCAACGACGACUACGACGACGCCGAGGGCGACGACCUCGGUGACUUGCCUGGCUCGAGCCUCGGACUCGGCGUCUCGUCGUACUCCCCUGGCAGCGGCCCGGCCUCGAGUGCGAAGAACGAGAAGGCAAUCCGGCGUCGGAGCAGCAAGGCCUGCGACCAGUGCAGGAAGUCCAAGUGCAAGUGCGAGCGGAGUGGUCCGCAUGAACCCUGUCGCAACUGCGUGAUGCUCGGCACCGCCUGCACCUUCCUCGGCCCAUCCCGCAAGCGCGGGCCGCCAAAAGGCUAUAUCGACGCGAUCGAAGCGCGCCUGCACCAGACCGAAGCUCUCAUCGGCAUCCUGCUCGGCAGCAAGGACAGCCGCGCGCGCACCGUCCUCGAGGAUCUUUCAACAGAGGACCCGCUCGCGAAGGAAAUCAUCGACCGGGUGGACAAUUCACCCUAUGGCCACAAAGGCCGAAGUCGUGGCGCCGAAGCCACAGGCAGCAGUCGCUCAAGGCCCGCACCAUCCGAAGGACGGGACGGCGACAGCACCGUACAGUCCACUCACCCGUCGAACGAAUGGCAGGACAAGGUCAUCGCGCGUCUCAACACCGUCGCCUCCACGCGCAACACCCUCCUCGCGGCCGAGGACGCUGCCGAGCUUGCGAGCAGCGGUGAUCUUCGCUAUCCAGAAGACGACACCGUCGCCGACGCGCGAGCGCGCCCACUGUUGGCGCUUAGCCAGCCCGGCUCCGGCGGGAACACUGCCGGCCCUUCUACCGCCACGUCCGAUCAGUCCAGCGCCGAGCAGGCCGUGCGGCGGCAACGCCGGCGCGUAGGCGACGAGCCCGCCCGCUCGCCGUCGACGGCGUCGCUCUCCGGGCGCUCGCGUUCGCCCGGGGGCGUCGCAUCCAGGCCAUACGGCGUGCGGAGCGCGUCUGCGCUCCAGACCCGCGAGUCGAUCAGCUCGCUCGUGGAGGCUGCGCAGGGCCGCUCGCCAGAGGCUCGCGAUGACGAGGACUACGAGGAGGCCGUGGACGGCGAAGAGGCGAGCGGCGAGGACGAGCUUGCGAUCGAGAUCGGCCAGCUGAGUCUGAACGAGGACGAGCAGGUGCGGUUCCACGGCAAGGCGAGCGGUCUGCACUUGCUGGGGAUGGGCAUGAAGGAAGGGCUGGAUGGGAGAAAUGAGGGCGGCAUUUGGCGAUUCCCGAAGGCGCGAGUGUGGCCGCCUUUGCCGCCCAACACGCGUACUCGGUCGAAAGUGCUCGAAGAUUUCUCGCCCCGUCUGCCUGAUGCUGCGACGCAGGAGCUUCUCCUGGAAUUGUACUUUACAUAUGUCCACCCAGCACUUCCCAUCGUCCAUAAGCGGGCCUUCAUGGAGGAUUUUCGCAACGGAAACACCAUGUCCGCCGACUCCCCCUACUCCGACCAAGCGUCGGACGCCGCGUCCCCAAUAUCAGCGUCAUCGCUGUGCAUCCCCCGGCGGAGACGGACGCCGACGCUCCUGCUGCUCGCGAUGUUCUCCAUCGCCGCGCGCUACUCCGCCAGGACGGGCGCGGAGGUGCCCCCGCCGCAAGAGGGCUCGAUGUGGACCGCGGGCGACUCGUACCUCGAGGACGCGAAGGUGAUCCUCGACGCGUCGUACGCGGCGUCGCGGCCCAGCACGUGUCAGGCGCUCCUCCUCAUGGGCUACCGCGAGAUCGCUAUUGGCGCGAUGGCGCAGGCGUGGCUCUAUGUCGGGAUGGCGGUGCGCAUGGCGCAGGACCUCGGCCUGCAUAAGAGUGCGGACCGCUGGACGAGCACUGGCCGGAACCUGUUCACGACCACGCAGCUCCAGGAGCGGCGCCGCAUCUGGUACGGCUGCGUGAUCAUGGACAAGUACGUCAGUGCGUAUAUCGGUCGGCCUGUAGCCAUCUGCGAGCGCGAUUUUGACACGGAACUGCCAAGUACUGCUGAGACUGACGAACUCGAACUUUGGUCGCCUCAUCCAUCGCCUCCUCUCGAUGACGGUGCUGAUGACCCGGCGGUUGCUGAUUUCGCGCCUAGUCCAGGACAUAUUAUCUCAUGUUUCACCGAGUCCGCGAAGCUCUCUGUCAUCCUCAGCGUGAUCAUGCAGGAGAUCUAUGCGAUCAGGCCACGCUGCGACCGUCAGACAGAGUUCUCAAAGUACGAGAAGCUGCUAACGAAGUGGUACCUCGAGCUGCCCGAGCCUCUCCGGUUUGAGCCCGCCUCGGCAAAGCCCUCAACACCACCACCCCACAUCCUGACACUGCACAUGCAAUACUGGUGCACCGUCCUGUUGUUGCGCCGACCAUUUAUUCGCCAUCUGUCGGAUUCAAGAUCGACAUCCACUUCCUCGAAGGAUUGCGAGAUCCGCGCAAGCUCGAGGAAGAAUUACGACCUCUGUGUGCAGGCGGCCAAUCACAUCACGUCCAUUGUAUCCGUGUACGCGGAGAGGUUCAACCCAAAGCGGGCCUCGGCGUUCAUGUGCUACUACGUCUUCACGGCCGCCAUCAUGCAUGUUGCCGCGCUCACGACGUAUCCCUCCGACCCACAGGCGCGCGUAGGCCUCGACAAGUGCAUGGACGUUCUCAAGCGGAUGCAGAUCCUGUGGCCCAGCGCCUUCCGCGCCCUGGAGUUACUCCACGGCGCGAAGCCGAGCUCGCCAGAGCCAGAGAUUUCACGGUCGCGGCUGUCCGACAGACCGAAGCGUGCCGCGGAGCAGUCCCUCGACCACGAAGACACGAACGACGGUGCACGGCUGCUCACCAGCGACCAACUCUACCGGCAACAGCAAAGCUACCACAAUGUUGCGCCCAGCAGCCCCCCAGCAAGCCAGCAGGGCUUCAUCGGCCUCAACCUGCCGCCGGGAGACUCGUCCGCCUACAUGCCACAGUAUGAUCGCUGGGCAGGCGAGACGACGCUGCCGAGCUUUGCCGGUAGCCUGACGACGUCGGUGCUGCCCCAGCAGUACAGCACUGGCCUUGUUGGUGAGCGUCUCCCGCCAAGCAUAACUCGGAGCACGGAGAGGCAGGGCCAGCGCUACCCGCAGUACUGGAGCGAUUACUCUGCGCUGGGGCAGAUGGACACGACUUACGGCGUGCCCGUGAUAGGAGAGAUGGUGCCCCAGCAUGCGAAUGCGCCCCAGCCCGACCAGCCGUCGAUGUAUGUGCCAGACCCACAGUACAUGUUCAGCAACAUCCCGCCGAACAGUCGACAGUAA